GCAGUAAAAGCCGGUGCACGCUGAUUUAAAAGUUUCGUAAUAUUAAGUCGAUCUCCGCGCAUGUCGUGGCGCAUGUUGAGCAGGCGCGCACGCGAGGUUAUUUUUGAGUUACAUGGUUACGACUUGAACAUUUAUGACAUUACGCCGGUCUUAGCGGCCUGCUGAUACUGCAAGACUCGUGGUCUAAGCGUUUUGUGUUGAUGUCAUGAUGGAUGCAUUUGACGCAGUUCUCUUCAAACAAGGAGCAGAAGCAAGGGUGUACAAAGGCACAUAUUUAGGAAAACCUGCUGUUUUCAAGGAGAGAUUUGAAAAAAAGUACAGGCACCCCGACUUGGACAGGCUGCUGACUCUAGAGCGCAUGCGAGCUGAAGCCCGCGCUUUGCGAAAGACCAGAGCUGCUGGUGUGCCGGUUCCGCCUGUGUACUUUAUUGACCUGACGUCGCGAAUCAUUGUGACAGGAUACAUCGAAAAUGCCGAGACAGUACGUGAAAGGAUUGUUUCUCUGCAAUCGGAAGAAGCGGCGGGCCGCGCGAGAAGCUUGGAGUUUCUUAUGGACAAAAUCGGCGAGGUUGUUGCACUUCUGCAUAAGAACCAUAUAGUCCACGGUGACCUCACGACUUCCAACUUGAUGGUGCAGCAUCGCGAAGCAGCAUCUCCUCUAAUCUAUGCCAUCGAUUUCGGCUUGAGUUUUAUUAGCGAGACAGCUGAAGACAAAGGCGUCGACUUGUACGUUCUAGAAAGGGCAUUCCUGAGUGCUCACCCAGGGAUCGAAAGCUUCUUUCAAAGAUUCCUGGAUAGCUACUCAAGAAACUACCCACAAAAAGCUGCGAGCAUCAGGAAGAAAUUCGAAGAUGUGAAACAGCGUGGAAGAAAGCGAACGAUGGUCGGUUGACCGUGGACAUGCGUGCUAAAAGGAAAUGUGCCAGUAAAGGUGAUUUAGGAA